AUGGACUAUAAUGCUAAUGAUCGAGACCGAAUUCGUAAGGCAUAUCUACAAAAGGUCCUUGUCAACCUCGUGAUCAUAAUUUUCCACAAAAAUCAUUUGGACAAAUACUUCGGCGAUUUAAUCAGGCUUGGUUUAGUGAAUUUCCUAAUUGAUGUCAAAGUGGUUGCAUUGAGCAAUACUCCACAAAAUCUCAAGUUGACAUCUCUUGAUAUUCAAAAAGACUUUGUAAAUGUGGCCGCAUUUGAAACUAUCAAUGUGAUUAUUAAAGAUUUUGGUGAUGCACUUUUUUAUAUUUUGGUUGAUGAAGCCCGUGACAUAUCAAUCAAUGAGCAAAUGGCAGUUGUAAUACGAUAUGUUGACAAAAAAAGGCCAAGUCAAGGAUAUGAUGGGGCUAGUAAUAUGCAAGCAUCAUGUAAAUAUCGAGAUAUUGUUAGGGAGAAGCAAGCUGCAAAAGUUGUUGAGGCACUUAAUACUGGAGAACUAUCUAGUGGGCAAGGCUUAAAUCAAGAAACUAAUCUUAAACGUACUGGUGAUACACGUUGGGGUUCACACUAUGGUACUUUAGUUAGCUUGGCUAGUAUGUUUUCAACAGUGAUUGAUGUGCUUGAAAUGAUUUCGGAGGAUGGUUCAAAUUCAGAACAACGAGCAGAAGCAAAUGUGUUGUUGGAUUCAAUUCAAUCAUUUGAGUUUGUAUUCAACCUUCAUUUGAUGAAAAUUAUAUUGGCUAUUACAAGCGAGUUAUCGCAAGCACUACAAAGGAAAGAUCAAGAUAUUGUUAAUGCUAUAAAUUUAGUUCAAAAUUCUAAAGUACGGUUCCAAAAGAUGAGGGAGAGUGAGUGGACAUCCUUACUUGAUGAUAUUUUGUCUUUUUGUGAAAAACAUGAAAUUGAUGUUCCCCAAAUGGAAGAUAUUUUUGAUAGGAAAAAGUUAAUUCAUCUUGCUGAAUUUUAUCCGAAAGAAUUUUAUUCAGGGGAGCUCAUGGUACUUAAUGAUCAACUUGACACAUAUAUUAUCGACAUGCUAUCCAGUAAUGAGUUCUCAAUGUUGAAUGGAAUUGCCGAUCUUGUUAAGAAAAUAGUGAAAACUGGAAGAGAUAAAAAUCGGUUGUGGAACCAAAUGAGUGAUGAAUGGAUGAAUGAUAGCUUAGUUGUCUAUAUUGAAAGAAAUAUUUUUGAUGGCAUUGACAAUGAUACUAUUAUGGAAAGAUUUCAAAAGAUGAAAACUCGUCGGGGUCAAUUAUAA